AUGGUCGCCUUUGCUCACGUUGCGCUUCCGUCGCAGCUAUCCGCUGUCGCCCGUCACUCCGUCUCGUUAUGCCGGCACAUCCACUCGUCUCCCUUCAGAUCAGCUAUUGCACACCCUAUCACUGCCCACGGCCCUCCUCCUAAAGCUCCGGCUACCCCGUCGGUAGAGUUUAAGGAGCGUCUAAACUCGAGCGAUGCAGAGCUCCCGGUCUCCGAGGGUGAAGCGUCACGACACAAACUCACUGCUGCGCUGAAGAAGCGGUUUUGGAAGGAUGUCCAUGUGCAUGGAAAGUCAGACGAGUACCAAAUCCUGCUUGACAAGCGACCCGUCAGAACUCCGGCGAAAGAAGUCCUAUCUAUUCCCUCCACAAAGCCUCACCUCGCUUACGCUGUUGCGCUGGAGUGGGAUGUGAUGGCCUCUGCCCAGCAGGCUCUCAAAAGUCACCUUAUCCCCAUGACAUCCCUCGCGGCCCGCGCUACCGAUAUCGCCCGCGAAGAUGCCGAGGGCAACGGCACCACCAGAAAACAGAUUAUCACAACUGCCAUGCGUUACCUAGAUACCGAUACUCUACUCUGCUGGGAGCCCGAGCGACAAAGGCACGCGUUGGAACGAACGACGGCCGACGGAGAGCCCAUCGAGUCUCUUCGCCAGAUUCAAAUGAGGGUCGCGGGGACCGUCAUGAGUUUUUUGUCCACCAAGGUCUGGCCUGGCCUUGAAAUUAUCCCUAUCCUCGAUACCAACAGCAUCCUUCCUCUCUCCCAACCGAAGGGUACGAAAGACACCAUCUGUACCUGGGUUUCGGAACUGUCUGCGUAUGACCUGGCUGGUCUUGAGCGGGCAAUCCUCGCCUCCAAGAGUCUUCUCAUCGCGGUCCGCCUAGUGGUGGAAUGGAGUGAGAACUUCCGCCACAUUCAGCGACCCGAAGUGAAGAAGUUCGGUAUCGAGGAGGCAGCUGAGGCGUCGAGUCUGGAGGUGACCUGGCAGACUAAAAUGUGGGGUGAAGUUGAGGAUACUCACGAUGUUGGCAAAGAAGACUUGAAGCGACAAUUGGGUAGUGUUGUGAUCUUGUCCAGGGGCGAAGAUAGAGACCCCGAUGACAACGGAGACACCAACUCCGUCGCUUCCGCCUCCUCAAGCCCCGGCUCGUUGAAACACACCCGCAGCAGUAGCCGCCACAGCCGUCGCAAACAAGGCCAGGACUCGAGUCCGCCACCAGCCAUUCAAGAAUCCGCCGAGGAUAUGGAUGCAGUCGAAGACCUGCCUUCCUUGAACCAAGUGGAGACUGAUAGCACGUCACUCGAGCAGUCCGUUCGCACCUUUCGUCUCUUCGAGAUCUUGCGCAGCGGCGAUACCACCGCCAUCUUCAAUGCGAUUAAGGAGACGACCGACCCACAGGGCGUGAGUUCUCUUAACGGCACGACAGUCCUUCAUUUGGCUCUGCAGUGCGCCGAGCCUCAGGUCGUAGAAUAUGUGCUGUCCGCCGCAGAGGACCUCGAUAUCAACUCGCGAGAUAGGGAUGGAAACACGCCACUUCACAUUGCCGCUCAACUGGGGCGGGGUCCGCUCGUUCGCGAAUUGCUGAACCGUCUGUCUAUCAACGAUGCGAUUGUUAACUACCGAGGUCAGACGGCUCUCGAUUUAGCCCGCACCCCUGAAAUUUUCCAGCAACUUCAGCUUGCGCGGUCUCUCUUCAUUGACACUAAGAACCAGGAAAUUCAGGCUUUGAUUGGUCACUCUGAUUACAAGGGCUUGGAGGCCUUGCUCGAGGAACCUCGAGUGGAGGGCAUUAUGGAUGUGAACAGCUACGACCUGGUUACCGACCCGACGACAGCCCAUUUCGGUGGCACGCUUCUGCAUGAAGGUGCUAGAAAUAAAGAUACGCAGCUCAUUGAAAUCCUCCUGACACAUGGCGCUGAUCCCUUUCGUCGCGACAAGAAGGGAAAGCUACCGCAGGAUGUUACGAAAGAUGAUAAAAUCCGCGCUCUCUUGAGAAGAUCACCCGCUGCUGUUAUUGCUCAGCGCGGUAUUCAGGAAAGAGCUAUUCUCGGAAAUAGUAAUGCACAGGGCCUUGCCGGGCGCGGUUCGGUUGGUGAUGCACCGCUUGCAGGCAAGGAUGCCCGCGAGAUGAGAGGUUACCUCAAGAAAUGGACGAAUUACACGACGGGGUACAAAUUACGCUGGUUUGUUCUAGAGGAUGGAGUUCUGAGUUAUUACAAACACCAAGAUGAUGCAGGCUCUGCCUGUCGCGGUGCGAUCAACAUGAAAAUCGCUAGACUUAGCAUGGAUGCGCAGGACAAGACGCGCUUUGAGAUCCACGGCAAAUCGUCGGUCAAAUACCACCUCAAGGCCAAUCAUGUUGUGGAGGCAAAACGCUGGUUCUGGUCCCUCAACAAUGCCAUUCAGUGGGCCAAGGAUGAAGCGAAGGAGGAGGAGCGUCAGCGGUCAAAGAAUGCUGAGGUUCUUCGCCAGGCUAAGAUGGAUCAGACAGAAGGACGCCCUACGGAUGCACCAUCGGAGUCUGGCCUUUCUCACAAGCCCAGCACAAAAGGUCUCGCUGCUCCGUCUUUAGGCGGCGGUAGUAACAGCGGCACAAGACUCAGCAAAUACACAUCCCGCACGACUCUCGAUACUGCAGCCGGGGACGAGGAUAGUUCCGCUUAUGGCGGUUCCUAUGAUCAAGUCCUUGCUCCAAACGACAUGAACCGAGCAAUCUGUCAUAUAACAUCUGCGCCGGAUGGAGAGGGCGAGGAUGAAGAAUUUAUCGACUAUGGUUCAAGCCACGAGAAUGAGAUGCCAGCCGCUGAUAAGGAUGCUCUCAAUAUCACCGCACAAUCCGCGAGGCUUCAGUUGGAUCUUCUUGCAAAUGUGGCUGCCUCACUACAAGCCGAGAAGUCUAGGAACCCGGAAAUGACCAUUGCGGAUCCAGCCCUCGAACAGGCCCUCCGCGCCUAUGAAGCUGCAGUCAGCAGCCUCAAGGAUCUAGUUCAGAAUCUGCUCAAGAUCUCACGGGACCGAGACUCCUAUUGGCAGUCCCGUCUCAGUAGAGAGGAGUCCAUUCGUCAGAUGUGGGAAGAAAGCAUGGCCCGUGUGGCUCGCGAGCACGAGGAGCUGCAAUCCAAGAUGGGCGAGUCUGAAGAGAAGCGGAAGCGGACCAAGCGAGCUCUGAAGGAAGCCCUGGAGAGCGCAGCAGGUAGUAGCCGUUCUAUCGCCGGUGGGACACCCCGUUUGGUAACAGAUAGUCAGAAUCUUGAGGUUAGUCAAACUGAAGCCGGGGUUACCGAGACGAUGAAUGAAGCAGACCAGUCUACACACCAACUUUCCACGAUACCCGCACUCAGUCGCAACCCAUCGACCUACUCCAAGCUCAGCAGUCUCUGCGGUUCGGAAUCGGACGGAGAAGAAUUCUUCGAUGCUAUUGAUGCCGGUGAAAUCGAGGUUGAGGAUUUCAACAACGCCGAGGAGAACGAUACGAAACAACCUAAAGAUGAAAGUGCUGAGCUUCGGGCUGUGAAAAGUAUCAUCAUUGCACCCUCCUUCAAGGGCUAUGAAGAUCCCGUUAGAGAGCGACUUAAGAUGGAUGCUGAUGAUCGGCCAAAGGUCUCUUUAUGGAGUAUUCUAAAAUCUAUGAUUGGGAAGGACAUGACGAAGAUGACGCUCCCGGUGUCCUUCAACGAACCAACCUCACUACUUCAGCGAGUGGCUGAGGAUCUUGAAUAUACUGACCUCCUUGACAUCGCUGCUGGUCGGACCGAUUCAAUGGAACGCCUAGUCUACGUCGCCUCCUACGCCGCAAGUGAGUAUGCUUCGACCAUCGGCCGUGUCGCAAAGCCAUUCAACCCCCUUCUGGGUGAAACUUUCGAGUACGUGCGUCCGGACAAGGGCUAUCGAUUCUUCGUGGAGCAAGUCAGCCACCACCCGCCGAUUGGAGCUGCGUGGGCCGAGUCGCCCAAAUGGGAUUACUGGGGUGAAUCCUCCCUCAAGUCCAAGUUUUACGGCAAAUCAUUCGAUAUCAACCUGCUGGGCACAUGGUUCCUGAAGCUGCGACCUUCCUCCGGCGGAGAGGAACUCUAUACCUGGAAGAAAGUGACCUCAUCGGUCAUCGGCAUCAUCACUGGUAACCCCACAGUAGACAACUAUGGUCUGAUGGAAAUCAAGAAUUGGACCACCGGCGAAAUCUGCUACCUCGACUUCAAGCCCCGUGGCUGGAAGGCCUCAUCGGCCUACCAGGUGACAGGAAAGGUCGUCGACAGCAAAGGCUCACCCAAGUGGAGCAUCGGUGGUCGCUGGAAUGAUAAGAUCUACGCCCGUCACACCCCCGGCUUUGAGGCACCUGUCUCCGGCCAGGAUCCCGAGUCUGCCAAGACCUUUUUGGUCUGGCAGGCUCAUGCUCGUCCUACUGGUGUACCUUUCAACCUGACUCCCUUCGUCAUCACGCUCAAUGCUCUCCCCGAGAGCUUGAGGGAGUGGCUACCUCCUACUGAUACCAGGCUGCGACCCGAUCAGCGUGCUAUGGAAGAUGGUAAAUAUGAUAUGGCUGCCGAGGAGAAACACCGAGUUGAAGAGAAGCAGCGUGCCAAGCGUAGAGAACGCGAUACCAACGGCGAAGUCUACGCGCCGCAGUGGUUUAUCCGUGACAAGUGUCCUGUUACUGGAGAGGAGUUCUGGGCUCAUAAUGGAAAAUACUGGGAGUCCAGAGAUGCGCAGGAUUGGAGUCGAUCCGAGGAUAUCUUCUGA